AUGGAUAACACAACAACAAAUAAAGCAGUUGUUCAGAUACUUCAAAAAGAGUUACCUAAUAUAGAUCUUAUAUCUAUUAGAUAUAUGUAUCACAUACUCAAUCUCAUUGUAAAUACAGGAAUGAUGGAAAUUAAUAUACUUUGGCAAAAAGUUCAUAAAAUUAUGAAGUAUUUAGCAAAUUCUCUAGCUAAUGGCCGCAUUGAAUUGCUGAAAUUAUAUUGUAAAGUUGUUGGAAUAAAUUUCUUACAACCAAUUUUAGAGAUUGAAACUCGUUGGAACUCUGUUUUAGAGAUGUUUGAAAGAUAUAUCAUAUUACAUCCAGCAAUUAAAGAAAUGCAAUUAAAAAAAACAUCAUUUCCACCUUGUUUAGAAAUAGAUGAAUUAUUAGAACUAGAAUUGACUUGUAAAAUUCUUAAACCAUUUGCAAUUCAAUGCUAUAAAUUUAAUAAAAAAAAAUUUCAAAAAUAUUGGAGUAAAAUAUCAGAUUAUGUUUUAAUUGCUUAUAUACUUGAUCCACGAUAUAAAAUGGAACAUUUAAAAGCAACUAUAUUAGAAAUUGGUGGAUAUUCAGAAACUAAAGCUGAACAAUAUAUUAAUAAUAUUUGA